AUGGCGGAGCCGCUGGGCCUCGGCAUGGGCACGCUGGACGCCAUGGCGGAGCGCAGUCCCGUCAAGGCCAUCCAGGUCGUCAUCGCCGAGCCGCCGGAGCCCGAGCCGGAGCCCGAGCCGGAGCCCUUCGCGCUGCCGCAGAAGAGCCUGGCCGAGAGCCUGUCGCCGUCGCGCUUCAGCGCCUGCACGGAGCGGACGUCGCUGAUGAUCAGCGAGCGGCCGUCGGUGCUGACCUUCGACGCCGCGGCGGCGGACUUCGCGGACAGGCCCGCGCCGCCGCGGCCGCCGCGGCGGAAGCCGGCGCGGGGCCCGCGGCCGACGCCCAAGGGCGCGGCGCCCAAGGGCGCGGCGCCCCAGGGCGCGGCGCCGCGCGAGAAGGUGCCCUGGGACGCGACGACUUUAUUCACGUCGGGCGUGAGCCUCAUCAAUCUCAAGCGGCGCACGGACCGCCUCGAGGCCUUCCUCGAGGACGCGCCGAAGGCGCUCGGCGACGGCGUCGCCGUCGACGUCGUCGAGGCCUUCGACGGCUUCCAGCUCCACCGGGGCGGGUCCUUCCUCAACGGCAUGUUCGAGCCGCUCUGGGACGCGUCGAAUUUGGCGGACCGCGAGCCGUCCGUCGAGCCCGGCUGUAG